GAGGCGUGCGGUCGAAGUUUCCCACACAAACGGAACACCUCCACGGGCUCCGUUGUCAUCUCUAUGGCAUCUCGAUAGUGAGAUGGGAAAGCUUCCUGCUUCGACUUCCGGUUGGCUUCAAAACCGCUUGUGGGAGUCGCUCUUCCGCCCUCAGCACAUAGGAAAGGGAUGGCCUGACUGCGAGACGCGCCCGCUUCGCCGCCUGGCCUUUGGAUCUUAGCAGCCCGAGGGCCUCCAACAGAAGGGAUGGAAUCUCAUGUGGGGGUGGUCAGGAUGGAGAGUGGGUUGCGUGCUGUUUGGCUUGGCUGCUGACCGAUGCCUGGUGCGUCUAAUGGUGGGCCUUUCAGAAAAACUAGCAUUUUGCCAACCGCUGCAUAGUCUUCGCUUUUUAACGAGAUGAGCCUCGUCAUACGCAAUCUGCAGAGAGCCGUCCCUGUCAGGAGAGCUCUGCUUCGCAAGAGAGUAGACCAGAUCCGUCACGUUUUGGGUGUGCAGCAAUUUGAUCUUGCCGUCAUCUGUAUCAGUAACCACCACAUUCAGCGACUCAACAGAACCUACAGAUCCAAGAACGCCCCCACAGAUGUGUUAUCAUUCCCUUUUCAUGAGAAUCUGAUACCCGGAAAGCUGCCAGAGGCUCACUGCCGAGACGAAUUGAAUUUGGGAGACAUUUUUCUGGGAGUAGAAUAUAUCUAUCAGCAAUGCGAGGAGAAUAAGGAAGAUUACAGCAGUAUUCUCACGGUGACUGUUGCGCAUGGCUUAUGCCACUUACUUGGAUACAAACACAACACAAAAGAAGAGUGGCAACAGAUGUACGAAAGAGAAGCACAAAUUCUCCAGGAGAUCAACAGAUUGUCCGGCACAAAUUUACAACCUCUGACCAAAAAUCACUUCUAGAAGCAUUUCAAUUCUUGUUAUUUAUUAACUUGAAAAUGUAGUAACUUUAAAUGAAUCCACUUUGUUUGCCUGUGAAUACAUUUUUAAUCUUGACUG